UCUUGUUUUCCUGCUCAACUUAGCCUCUGCUCAAAGCGAGAGAAGAGAACGAUAGCAACUAGCAGCAGCAGCAGAUUUCAGCAAUCACUAAUGGGUAAGGUUCACGGUUCUUUGGCCCGUGCCGGUAAGGUGAGAGGACAAACGCCAAAAGUGGCUAAGCAAGACAAGAAGAAGAAGCCACGCGGCCGUGCCCAUAAGCGCAUGCAAUACAACCGCCGUUUCGUCACUGCAGUUGUUGGUUUUGGAAAGAAGAGGGGACCCAACUCAUCCGAGAAGUAAAGCUUGAAAGGGUGAAGGGUUAGAUAGGUCUAAGCAUUGCUUACUGUUUUUGAUGAGUUUUCAUUGUUGUUUUAAGACUUAUUAUGGUGAUUUAGUUACUGAUAUAAUGGUUUAACGUUGUUGAAUUUGUGUUCAUUUUGGUGUUAGCUAUAUAUCAUGUGAUUUUACUUUCAGAAUGUUAUGGGUUUUCUUUUCA